CGUCAAUAUGGGAGGAAUACUUCUUUAUAAAGUCAAACACACAUUUUCACUUUUUGGUUCAUUUUCUUUCCUUCAUUUUUCAUUUACUUUCAUCACUUAAAACCCAACAUUUACCAUGACUUGCAUGUCACCAUUUUGAAAAAUAUGUUUUCCUCUCUUCAUUUUGUUUUUAACUUUGAGACUACAACAGUUCAAUAUCAUUUGUAAAUAAUGCAACUUGACAUAUAUAUCGAAGUCAUAUCGGUCUGUCACGAUUUGCCUGAUAUAAUUUAAUACAUGACUACCUAUUAAAUUUACAAAGAUAUUUCAUUUAAACAUGCAAAUUAAAUCAUAUUUUAAUUAAAUACCCCAAACUCCUAAUAGAAUAUUUUAGUUACACACUUUCAAUUCAAUUUUUUUUAAGCAAAAGGGAAAAGAAAGAUAUCUGAUAUCACAGCAAUCAGCGCGGGAGAACAUUCUUCUGUUCUCUACGUAGAACUCCAAACUCCAUGAAUGCAAGGGAAGCUCAAACACUGCAUGUAUUCGAUACCAUUCUAACCCUCAUUGCAAAAUCAACAUCACUUUCCCAAACACAACAAAUCCACUCACACAUCAUCAAAACUGGCCAUUCCAAUGACACCCAUAUAACCAACAAGCUCAUUUCCCUCUAUGCCAACUCUCAUCACUACAUCAAUGCAGAAUCUCUUCUCAACUCUCUCCCCAACCCCAACAUCUUCUCAUUCAAAUCCCUCAUUCACGCUUCUUCAAAAUCCAAUUUGUUCAAUUAUACUCUUGUUUUAUUUUCAAGACUUGUAUCUGCGUGCAUUUUGCCUGAUGUGCAUGUACUUCCUAGUGCUAUUAAAGCAUGUGCUGGGUUAUCGGAGUGGGGAAUUGGUAGACAGGUACAUGGGUAUGGUUUAACAACUGGGUUGGGGUUGGAUUCGUUUGUUGAGGCUUCGUUGGUGCAUAUGUAUGUGAAAUGUGAUCGUUUGGGAUGUGCACGUAAGGUGUUUGAUAAAAUGCGUGAACCAGAUGUGGUUUCUUGGAGUGCGUUGGUUGGUGGGUAUGCGAAGAAAGGGGAUGUUGGUAAUGCGAUAAGGGUGUUUGAUGAAGGUGGAGAAUUGGGUAUUGAGAGGAAUAUAGUUUCGUGGAAUGGGAUGAUUGCGGGGUUUAAUCAGAGUGGAUGUUAUUUAGAAGCGGUUUUGAUGUUUCAGAGGAUGAAUUAUGAAGGGUUUAGGAGUGAUGGGACGAGUAUUUCAAGUGUUCUUCCAGCAAUAAGUGAUUUGGAGGAUAUCAAGAUGGGUGUUCAAGUUCAUGGUCAUGUGAUUAAAAUGGGGUUUGAGUGUGAUAAUUGUAUUGUCAGCGCGUUAAUUGAUAUGUAUGGAAAGUGUAGGUGUACGUUGGAGAUGUCACGAGUUUUUGAAGGGGCAGAGGAAACGGAUUUGGGUGGUUUUAAUGCUUUGGUAGCUGGGCUAUCGCGGAAUGGUCUUGUUGAUGAGGCUUUCAAAGUCUUCAAAAAGUUUAAGUGUAAAGUGAAGGAAUUGAAUGUGGUCUCGUGGACUUCGAUGAUUUCUUCCUGCUCGCAACAUGGGAAAGACCUUGAGGCGCUACAGAUUUUUAGAGAAAUGCUGUUGGCUAGAGUGAGGCCAAACUCUAUAACAAUUUCUUGUUUGCUUCCAGCAUGUGGCAAUAUUGCUGCACUAGUACAUGGAAAGGCAACACAUUGCUUCUCUCUGAGAAAUUGUUUGUUAGAUGAUGUCUUUGUCGGUAGUGCAUUAAUAGAUAUGUAUGCCAAUUGUGGAAAGAUUCAGGUGGCUCGCAUCAUUUUUGACAGGAUGCCAGUACGUAAUUUGGUCUGCUGGAAUGCAAUGACCAGCGGAUAUGCAAUGCACGGAAAGGCUAAGGAAGCUAUUGAAAUCUUUGACUUAAUGCAAAGAAGAGGGCAGAAACCUGACUUCAUUAGUUUCACGAGUGUUUUAUCUGCAUGCAGUCAAGCAGGCCUUACAGAACAAGGACAGCAAUACUUUGAUUCUAUUUCUAGAGUUCACGGACUUGAGGCCAGAGUGGAGCACUAUGCUUGUAUGGUGACCCUUCUCGGUCGCGCAGGAAAGCUCGAAGAAGCCUAUAACAUGAUUUCCACAAUGCCAAUUGAACCAGAUGCAUGUGUCUGGGGUGCUUUACUGAGUUCUUGUAGAAUACAUCGUAAUAUGAGUUUGGGGGAGAUUGCUGCUAAUAAACUAUUUGAACUUGAACCCAAGAAUCCUGGAAACUACAUUUUACUAUCCAAUAUUUAUGCUUCUAACAACAGAUGGAAUGAAGUAGACAAGGUGAGGGACAUGAUGAAACAUGUGGGCUUGGGUAAAAAUCCCGGAUGUAGUUGGAUUGAAAUUAAAAACAAAGUGCACAUGCUAUUAGCAGGAGAUGAUUUACAUCCUCAAAUGCCGCAGAUUAUGGAAAAGUUGCGAAAAUUUAGCAUGGACAUGAAGAAUUCAGGUGUUUCACAUGAUACAGAAUUUGUUUUGCAAGAUGUUGAAGAACAGGACAAGGAGUUGAUCUUGUGUGGGCAUAGUGAGAAGUUGGCUGUAGUUUUAGGAAUAUUGAACACUAACCCAGGGACACCUCUAAGAGUCAUAAAGAACCUUAGAAUUUGUGGGGACUGCCAUGUCUUUAUUAAAUUCAUCUCCAGCUUUGAAGGGAGAGAGAUUUAUGUUAGAGACGCUAACCGUUAUCAUCAUUUCAAUGAAGGUGUUUGCUCAUGUGGAGAUUAUUGGUGAUUGAGAUUCGUAAUUUCUUGUGAUGUUCUCCGAGCAUUGAGAGUACCCCCGAAGCAGGACGUUGGUGAAUCCAGUUGUGGGGAGGAUGCAAUAGAACCAGUUGCAUUUAACAACAUUGGAACUGGGCAGCCAAGUUUAACCCUGGUGUAUGAAUCUGACAAUCCAAGCAGUUGUAAUCAAUUGUAAAGUCCUUUCCUUUCAUAGCAAAUGAUGAGCCUUGGUUCGUUCAUGGAGAAAGUUGAAAAGCCUCGGCCUUUAACAAAUUCAUUUCCUGCUUUGAAGAGAGAUUUUUGUUAAGAGACAACCAUUUUCAUCACUCUCUUGAUGGCAUGUGUCCACAUGGGAUUCUUGGUGAUUACGACAACAUUACCCAGUGUAGUCCCACAAAGUGGAGUUAAGGGAGGGUAGAGUGACAAAGCUACGGACAAAGUUAGUUGAGCGUUUGAAAGCCCUGGAAGCUGGAAAGUUAUUUGAGUGUUUGACAGCACCUGGAAGCUGGAAAGUUAUUUGAGCGUUUGACAGCACCUGGAAGCUGGAUCUGUGAACAGGGGCGGAGCUAGCCUUUGCUGAGGGGUUUCAUCCGAACCCCAUCGGUAGAAAAUUUGCUAUACAUGCAUGGUUAAAAUUAUUUUUUAUGUAUAUAUAUUAGAUGUUGAACCUCUUUCGUUUAGUUUGUAUGUUCACUUAUGAACCCCCUUAGUGAAUACCCUGGCUCCGCCACUGUCUGUGAAUCCGAACUGUGGGGUGGAUGCAAUGGGCAAUGUUGCGCUUUUGAGAAAUUGGAACUCAGCAGCCAGGUCUUAUUCCUAAGGCGGCAUCCAACACACAAGCGCUUGUAACCAUCCAACGUUUGAUUAUAUUAUUUAUAAGUUCUUAUCAGCCA